AUGCAUGAUAGGGCCGGCCUGGACCAUUCACCAGCACCAGCAGUCGGCCCUGAUCCCUAUUCGAGUGACGACAGCAUGGACAACUCCAUCCAUUCAACCGACGGCCCCGACUCCGUCAUCCCCAACUCCAACCCCAAGAAGACCGUCCGACAGAGAGUCCGCUUGCUGGCUAGGCAUCUGACGACCCGCGAGGGCCUGAUCGGCGACUAUGACUAUGGCUUCCUUUUCCGGCCCGAGCUACCCUUCAUGAAGAAAGAUCCACGGGCGCCGCCUUUUUUUGGCCUCAACGAGAAGAUUCCCGUGCUGUUGGCGUUUAUCCUGGGUCUUCAGCAUGCGCUUGCCAUGUUGGCGGGUGUGGUCACUCCUCCUCUGAUCAUAUCAAGCUCGCUGAGCCUGCCGUCCGAUCUCCAGCAGUAUCUCGUUUCGACCUCGCUUAUCGUCUGCGGGCUGCUGUCGAUGGUCCAGAUAACGCGAUUUCAUAUCUACAAGACACCGUACUAUAUCGGCAGUGGCGUCCUCUCAGUUAUGGGGGUCUCGUUCUCCAUCAUCUCCGUCGCCAGCGGCGCCUUCAACCAGAUGUACUCGAACGGGUUCUGUCAACUCGACGAGGCUGGAAACAGACUCCCUUGCCCCGAAGCGUACGGCGCCUUGAUUGGCACCUCGGCCUGCUGUGCUUUGGUGGAGAUCCUCCUCGCUUUCGUGCCUCCCAAAGUGAUACAGAAAAUCUUCCCGCCCAUCGUCACUGGUCCCACUGUAAUGCUUAUCGGGAUAAGUCUGAUUGGAACUGGGUUCAAAGACUGGGCUGGCGGCUCGGCGUGUAUGGAUGACGGGAUGCUGUGCCCGUCCGCAACUGCACCGCGCCCUCUCCCGUGGGGGAGUCCAGAGUUCAUCGGCCUGGGUUUUCUAGUCUUUGUAUCGAUCAUCCUCUGCGAACGAUUUGGAGCCCCGAUUAUGAAGUCCUGUUCUGUUGUCAUCGGGCUGCUCGUCGGUUGUAUAGUCGCUGCAGCCUGCGGCUACUUCAGCCACGCCGAUAUUGACGCUGCCCCUGCCGCCUCAUUCAUCUGGGUCAAGACUUUCCCUCUCUCUGUCUAUGGUCCGAUGGUUCUCCCGAUCAUCGCGGUUUUCAUCAUCUGCGCCUGCGAGUGCAUCGGUGAUGUAACCGCCACCUGCGACGUCUCGCGUCUCGAAGUCCGCGGCGGCACAUUCGAGUCGCGCAUCCAGGGCGCCGUCCUAGCAGACGGGAUCAACUCGGUAGUCGCUGCCCUUGCGACAAUGACCCCCAUGACGACCUUUGCGCAGAACAACGGCGUGAUUGCCCUCACUCGCUGCGCAAACCGCUGGGCCGGAUACUGCUGCUGUCUGAUAUUGAUAGUAGCCGGUAUCUUUGCUAAAUUCGCUGCAGCCAUUGUUGCCAUACCCAACAGUGUCAUGGGCGGGAUGAAGACGUUUCUCUUCGCUUCGGUCGUUAUUAGCGGACAGGCGAUCGUGGCCAAGGCGCCGUUCACAAGGCGAAAUCGGUUUAUCCUCACCGCGUCAAUGGCCCUGGGAUACGGGGCGACGCUGGUGCCCACUUGGUUUGGGAAUGUAUUCCCUCAGACCGAGAAUAGAGACCUGGAGGGGUUUGAAAAUGCGAUCGAGCUCGUGCUUGAGACGGGGUUUGCGGUCACGGCAUUUGUUGCUAUGCUCUUGAACGCAAUCAUGCCUGCUGAAGUCGAAGAGAUCGGUGCCGUCACCCCUAUGCCGGUCUCUGCUCAUGAUAAUCGGGAUGGCGAGGCGGAGUAUCAGAGCAAGCAGGCUUAG